AUGACGAUGAGGGAGAGUAUUAUCCAGUGCCACGCCACCGUAACACUCGCCCUGAUUCCCCGCCACAGCAGGAGGGGACUGCGGAGUCGGUACUUCAUGAGGAAGAUCAGCCUGCAGGUGUACUCCCAGAGACAGAACCUGAAGAAGACCGUCCACCAGAUGAUGUCUGCCAGGAAGAAGUGUUGCCUGGGGAGGAGCCUGACCCGCCACCUUCUCCAGACGAAGGCCGGCGGCCGAGACGUGACCACAGAAAACCAAGGGUAUUUACCUAUGACAGACUCGAGCUCCUUCUACCACCGCAGCUGCUCCUGCUCCGUGCGAUCGAUCUACAAAGUCCAUCUACAGAAUGAGGUUCACCUGUGA